AUGGACGAAGUCGAUAUCUUUGAGGACGCGCUCUUUACCGUCUUUGCGCAUCACCAGCCCGCACGUGGCGACCCCGGCUCGGUGGCGCACUAUCCCCACGCGGCGCUCCCGGGAUGGGUGGGUGAAAAAGGCAUUGCGUACCGCAUCGCGGAUCUCAGCAGCGCCAACACCAAGCUCUUUGCGCACCACCAGUGGGACGCGGGCGUGUACCUCGCCGACCUGCUCGCGGAGGCGCCAGCGUGGGCGGAUGCGCGCGGGCGAACCGUCGUGGAGCUCGGUGCGGGCACCGGGCUUCCUGCGCUCGUCGCAGCCGCCAUCGGAGCGAAGCGCACGGUGGUGACCGACUACCCCGACAAGGAUAUUGUCGCGAAUCUCGAGCAGAACGCCGCGUGGCUCAAGGGGCGCGCGCCGCACGCGCUCCCGCUCGACGUGCGCGGCCUCGCGUGGGGCGAGGGCCUCGACGUGUUUCUCGACAUGUACGGCACCAUGGACUGCGUCAUUGCGGCCGAUGUGCUAUGGGUAUCUUCGCAGCAUGCCGCGCUUCUCGACACGGUAUGUGCGCUGCUUGCACGUACGAAAGACGCGCGAUUUUUGCUCGCGGCCGGCUUCCACACUGGGCGCCCGGCGAUUGCGCGCUUCCUGGACGCGGCCCAGGCGCGGGGCCUCGCGUUCGACGAGGAUGCGCCGCACGGCGGCGUGUACGAGCGCAGCAUCUUUGGCCAGAUCCAGCCGUACACGCACAGCGUGCGGGAUGAGCACGGCGAGGAGGACAUGGGCGAUAUCCAGGAGCGGGGGCAGUGGAUCGCGGUCGCGAGCUUCCGGUGGGCCUAG